AUGACCUCACACAGCCCAACGUCGUCGCCGACGAUCCAUGUCAGCAAGUGGUCGGAACAGCAGGUCGUCGACUGGCUCACUACUGUCGGUCUUUCUAAGUAUGCCAGAGACUUCAAGACCAACGGCAUCUCGGGCGAUGUGCUCAUCCUCCUCGACGAGGAAGCUCUCAAGGAUAUCGGCGUUGUCACGAUCGGUCAGCGUCUCGCGCUCCUCUCGGCCAUCUAUCGUCUCAAGCAGCAGUUCGGCAUCCCAAUUCAGGAAGGCGACUGGGUUCCUAAAGCAGUCGAAGCGCAAGAGCAGGCGACCAAUUCGCUCACCACCGCCCACAUGGCCAGUGCGCUCCGCCAGCGAGACGAUCGCAUCCGUCUCCUAGAGUCACAGAUCCUGAGACUCGCCGACUAUCUCGCGCGCUUCCAGCAGGACAUGGCCUCCGUAGCACGACAUGUUGGCGUCAAGGCGCACUCGAUCGACACACCCAUCACUCUGGUCUCCAAUUCGCUCCAUUCUCAACACUCCUCCGAGAGCAGCGCUAGCUCCAUGUCGGGCUUUGCAUCCAAUCCCGACCUCGCUUCUACUGCCUCCUCGAGCCUGCCCAUGGAGUCGCCCACUUCCCGCAACUUUACCGGUCUCGUCUCUCCGACUCGAACUGGAUUUUCGUACCCUGCUGGUCAUGCAAUGAGCGGCUUCAAGCCCGCCACCGUCACCUCCGCCAGGUCCGACAGCAUUGGUGGCAACUCGCCCAUGACCCCCACCACCACGGCUGCACAGUCGUACGCUGCCAACCCUUCUAACGCAGCCGCAGCAGGUGACCUUUCGCCGACGCAGUCUACACACUCGGCCACGCCUACCUCGCUCGGAUCGCAGCCUGGCUUUUCGCAUCAGCUUCCUUCGCAGCAACAGCAACAGCAGCCUCUCAGUGCCGGUUCCACCUCCAUGGUCAGCCCUACACGUCGACUUGCACACCAAAACUCGCUUGCUCAACCAGAUGCACCAGGCCCCUCUCGACCUCGCGCAGGCUCACUAGGCGCAGCCACCGCUUUGUCUUCAAGCACAUCUCCGUUUGCAAACACUGGUGCCGGCAGCGCAAUUUCAGCCAGCUCAGCAGCCAGCACCACACUCGAACGAGACGCUCGCAAAGACGCCUCGGCAAUUGCUUUGACCGAGCCCAGUCCCAAGUCGGCGGUGGCGCCAGCUUCAGGCUCGUCAACUUCGGUCGCUACUUCUGCAGCCGCCAAUACUGGCUCCUCUGACAGCAACCCUUACAAGUCGUUCCGCGUCACGCUCGACGAUCCGUGCUACAAGGUAUUGCCCGCAGCGCUGAAAAAGUACAAGAUCAACGACGACUGGCGCAAGUAUGCGCUCUUCAUCUGCUACGGCAAGACGGAGCGAUGUCUCAGCUACGAUGAGAAGCCCCUGCUGCUCUUUCAGAAGCUCAAGGAGAACGAGCAAAGUCCCGUGUUUAUGCUCCGCCACAUCCGCGAUGUCAAGUCGCCCAUUGCGAUUGCCGAGGCGAAAGCAGCUUCCAAGCUGCAAGAGCGUGAGAAAGGCGGGGGCUCUCCUACCAAGAAGCGCUCGGCGCCGCGGGCCGAUCGACGUCGCGUCAUUGCUGGCACGCCGCCGCCGGGAGCGCUUGUGACCAAUGUGUCGAAUCCGGUCGAAGUAGGACCUGCUGCCGAUUUGCCCGAGCGCAACAAGGUAACGAGGACAUACGCUGUCGCCAUCUACCCGUACAUGCCAGAGCGCGACGACGAGUUCGACGUCAAUGUAGGCGACACCUUUGUCGUCAUCAACAAGGCAAAGGGGUGGUGGAUUGUGCAGCGAGAUGCCAAGCGCGACGGUGCCGGUGACGUGGUGUACAGCGUUCCAGCCAGCGAGGCGAGCUCGAGUGAGGACAGUGGGAUCACCUACUCCAACUACCGUGCCGAGCAUGCUUCUGGCUGGGUGCCCGCCGGCUGUUUGUUGGAGACCAGUCGACCGCUGAGCAGCAUUGUGGAAGCCGAGGCGGUCUCGCCGUCGCACAUGCGAACCGGGCCUAGCACCAUUUCGAAUCCGAGCACGCCCACCGUGUUGGCGAGUGGUGCCCAGAUGGAUGCCAAGCGUGCUUCGAUCCCGCCUGCGCUCAUCACGAGCACCAGCACGCCGGGGAUCAUGCUGAUGGACUACCAGAGUGCCGAAGGCGAUCUGGAUCUGCGCAAGGACGAGCGGCUGCGCGUGUUCAAGCGGUACAACCACUGGUCGUACUGUGUGCAGGAGCGCGAGGGGCAUGCGAGGGGUUGGGUGCCCAGUUGGUACAUUGGCAAGCUCUCAUCGUCGUCGUCGUCGUCGUCAUCGGCGGGUAGCGCGGGAGGCGCGGUGACCAAGUCGCCGUCGAGCAAUGCCCUGCCAUCGAUCGGCAGCGCGGAUUCGAGGUACACGCAUCUGGGUAGUUCGGAUCUUGCUGCUGCUGCGGGUGGGGGAGUGACGGGAUCGCCGCUGUAUGACGCGAGUAUGGGGCAGAAGGAGGACAUGCUGGCGGCGGCGAUUGCGUCGUCUACGUAG